CGCGCGCCAUGGCGGCGGGCGGCCGCGGCUGGUUCCGCGCGCUGGCGCUCGGCGUGUCCUUCCUCAAGUGCCUCCUGAUCCCCGCGUAUUAUUCCACAGAUUUUGAAGUACAUAGGAACUGGCUUGCCAUCACCCACAACUUACCCCUCUCUCAGUGGUACUACGAGGCAACUUCGGAAUGGACCCUGGAUUAUCCACCGUUUUUUGCCUGGUUUGAAUACGCGCUCUCGCACGUGGCCAAGUACUUCGACCCGCAGAUGUUGGUUAUCGAAAACCUGAAUUACACCAGUCAUGCAACCAUUUUCUUCCAAAGGCUUUCUGUCAUUUUUACAGAUAUCCUCUUCAUAUAUGGAGUUCAUGAAUGCUGCAGAUGCAUAAAUGGAAAACGAGCUGCAAAGGAUAUCCUGGAAAAACCAGCAUUUAUUCUUGCUGUUCUGCUCUUGUGGAAUUUUGGGUUGUUAAUUGUGGAUCAUAUUCACUUCCAGUACAAUGGCUUUCUGUUUGGGCUGAUGCUGCUUUCUGUUGCUCGUCUGUGUCAGAAAAGGUAUUUGGAGGGCGCUCUUCUUUUUGCUGUUCUUCUGCAUUUCAAACACAUCUACUUGUACGUGGCCCCAGCAUAUGGCAUUUAUUUGUUACGAUCCUAUUGUUUUACUGCAAAUAAUGCAGAUGGAUCCCUGAAGUGGAGAAGUUUCAGCUUUCUUCAUGUAACUCUUCUGGGACUGAUUGUCUGUCUUGUUUCUGCUCUUUCCUUGGGACCCUUCCUAGUAUUGGGCCAGCUGCCUCAAGUCAUUUCACGGCUUUUUCCUUUCAAGCGAGGCCUCUGCCAUGCCUAUUGGGCCCCAAACUUCUGGGCUUUGUACAAUGCCAUGGAUAAAGCACUAACAAUUCUUGGUUUAAAGUGCAAUUUUCUUGAUCACACAAAAAUCCCUAAAGCCUCCAUGACAGGAGGGCUGGUUCAAGAAUUUCAGCACACUGUCCUCCCUUCAGUGACUCCACUGGCAACAUUAAUCUGUACUUUCUUAGCUAUAUUGCCCUCUGUUUUCUGUCUUUGGUUUAAACCUCAAGGGCCCAGAGGCUUUCUGCAGUGCCUUGUUCUUUGUGCGCUGAGCUCCUUCAUGUUUGGCUGGCACGUGCAUGAAAAAGCAAUACUCCUUGCUAUUCUGCCUUUAAGCUUGUUGUCUAUUCAGAGAGCCAAGGAUGCUGGCAUCUACUUGAUUCUGACAACAACAGGGCAUUUCUCACUUUUUCCAUUGUUGUUCACUCCACCAGUUCCAGAAACCUCCUGUUGUCAUAACCAUGUCAGGCAAAACUGAUGAAGACAAUUUGAAACUACAGCCCUGGCAGGCUGUUUUUCAGCUGACUGCUUCCUUAUGUUGACAGUACUGUGUUUAAAUUAAAAAAUCAUGUAGUAGCAUCAGUUAAGUCAGUGCGUGUAGGGACAGAUGUGUCUUUGUGACCAAAACCUGUUUGUUCCUUCGUUCACCUCCUACCUUUUCAGUUAAUCAGGGGCCUGUUUGCUUUUCUCAGACUCCAGGCCAUGGUGGUUACGACAACACUGUAACACUGAAUUGAUUGUCAUCCUUCUGGGAGAGUUCAGAUCCAGGCACUCAGUCUUUUGGUCUGACAGUGCUGCUUAUUUGUAACAGCUGCUGCCUUCAGAAAUAAGAAACUUCCUCUGCUUUCUCUAUUAGUUAAUUUUUAUCUCGUAUGUGACGUAGAGCUCAAUAGUGUUGAUUUGCCUGUCAUUUUUGCUUUAAUCACUUCCCAGUGAUUUGUGAUUUCUUUUGAAUAGGGAAAUGUUAUUUGCAGUGCUAUCACAAGUUGUAAUUAUAAUUAUUGUGUUCAGUAUGUUUAUAGAUAAUUGAAGUAAGUGUAUUGCAAAUGCUUGGCAUUUGCUGUAGUAAACAUCUAUGCUUAUUUUUAGUAUCCUGAGUAGUAAAACAUGUAGGUCUGCAGAAAAUAAAUUUGAACAAUGCAAGCGUGACUAGUAGGAUUUAAAGAUAGUGCAAUUCAUAUGGCAAAAAGUUUUCAUAAUUAAUUUUAAAAGUCCAUAAUGU